GCGUGUUCUGCUCUUCUUCUUUCUUCCCGCUGCAGCCCGAAAUCCCCCACCAAGCUGCCGGCGACUUCCUCCCUUGAAAAACCGGUAAAGCUUGAUGAUUUUCCCUUAUUUUCUUGUCCAAGAACCUGAUUUGGAACCCAGAAAUCUCCCCCGCUGCAGGAAGCUUCCGGAUCUGCUCUGUCCUUCCUCCCUUGUCCGCCGGCUGCUCUUGAUUGUGGGUGAUUUCUGGGCAUAUUUUUCGUCCGUGAGUUCCCCUACAACUUGCUGCCGGCCUCUUCUUCUCCCUGCAGCUCCGGUUUCUACAGCUGGAGAAUUAUGCUUUAGGAUGAAAUUUGAGCAUUGAUUCAAGUGAGAUUUAUGUGAUUGAGUGUUAAUUGAUUGCUGUGUGAUUUUUGGAGAAAAUCCCGUGAGAUUAGCUAGUGUUUUGGCCAAUUUUUGGAAGUUGGAGUUACUGUUCACGCCGGGGGUACUGUUCACCAACACUGUUCACACACCAAGGGCCAACAAUUAACGGGGAUUUAAAUGAUUAGUUUGUGAUAUAAGAAUGAAUUUGGAGAUAUUUGAUAUUGUGGAGAUUGAUGGAAAUGGCAUUGUGAUUAGGAAUGAUCCUAAUGAUGAUUUCAGUGUAAAUGUGUGAUAGUACGGUAAUUAAUCCGUGGAUAUUUUGAUUAGGUUCUCGUUCGUUCUGUCAGUUAGUACGUGAAUUGGGUGCUCGGUUUUAUGUGAGUGAGGUAAGUAAAUUUAUGGUAAUGCCCAUACAGCUUUUAAAAGCAUGUUUUGAUUUGUUUUUGAAGUGGUGGGGGAACUAAACCCGUUUUACAUGAGCAUGACUGAUUUGAAGUGAAAUGUUUAUGCUUUUCAUUAAAUUGAGCAUGCCUACUUGAAAGUUUAAUUGAUUGUCCUGAUGAUUUGAAAGUGAUUGGUGAAUUAUGAUUGUUCUGUUAACUUCUGCUUGUUUUGUCUCCGAUGUGGUCAUGUUAUUCGUGACCUCGCUAGUGGGGGAGGUUAUAAACGCUAGCACAUGUCGACAUGUAGUGAUAGAGUCGGUUCGUUCAACCCAGCUAGUGGGGGUUAUACACCAGCAAAUAGUGGCCCUGCUAGUGGGGAUUAUACACUGGCCGUGACCUAUAGAGGAGAUGUCUAUUUUGUUCCCGUACUGUACCCGUUUUUCGUGAUUACACUUGUUGGCAUGCUAUACGUUUAAUAAGGGCACUCCAUAUUUUACUUACUGAGUUUAUCUCAUAGUUUUCCUUGUCCACCAUUUUAGGAAGUGACACCGAGGACGGGUAAACCACGGGAAGUGACGAGUUAGAAAGUUAGCCAUUUUGAGAUUGAUUU